UGGGUAGGAGCUAAGCAGCAUGAGUUGCAGGUAAACUCUAUGCAGCUGCUGUACUAUCAGGCACCAAUGUCCUCGGCUAUGUUGUUGUUCAUCAUACCCUUCUUUGAGCCAGUCUUUGGAGAAGGGGGAAUAUUUGGGCCCUGGACGCUUUCUGCAGUGAUAAUGGUGCUGCUGUCUGGAAUAAUAGCCUUUAUGGUAAACUUGUCCAUUUACUGGAUCAUUGGAAAUACGUCGCCUGUCACGUAUAACAUGUUUGGACAUUUCAAGUUCUGCAUCACCCUCCUGGGAGGGUGCCUGUUAUUUAAGGAUCCGCUGUCUGUUAAUCAAGGCCUUGGGAUUCUGUGCACGUUGUUGGGCAUUUUAGCAUACACCCACUUCAAGCUUCGCGAGCAGGAAAGCAAUAAGAGUAAAUUGGUUCAGCGUCCAUAAAGCAAGUGUAUCUGGAGAUUAAGAAUAUUGUGAAGGAACACAAGUAUUUAAAUAUGCAUUGAUUCUAGAAUGCACAAAAUUGCCUCGUUCAUUGGGAUCUGUGGUUUCAGUUUAACCACCAGGAUCGUUGUUCUGUAACUAAACCAAACGAACUGAAUUAUGUAAAAUGCUGGGGGUUUGCCAUCUCGGUCCAUCCUAUCGUUUUCAUUAAAUGUAAAUGGUAAC